UAUAUUAUAUAUAUACACAAACACACGAGCUAGCUAGCCAAGUAUACAAUACACCGUUAGUAUUCAUGUGUAGAACGUCUUUUCAGAAGCUUCUUACCAGAAAAGACCAUUGAUCUGGUUCAAAACCUCUCAAUUUCGUAAACUUCCUUCCUUUGUAAACGAGUUGCUCUACUUUGCAACAAUGGAAGGUUAUGGGCAUGGAUCCAAGAAGGGGUUCUGGACUGCGCAGGAAGACAAAGUUCUAGGUGAUUAUGUAAAGAAGCAUGGAACGGGGAAGUGGAAUCGGAUUCCUAAAGUGACAGGGUUAAAGAGAAGCGGCAAAAGUUGCAGACUGAGGUGGAUGAAUUAUUUGAGUCCUAAAGUUAAGCGUGGAGAUUUCUCAGAGGAAGAAGAAGACCUUAUUAUUCGCCUCCACAACCUCCUUGGAAAUAGGUGGUCUUUGAUCGCGGGGAGGAUUCCGGGGAGGACAGACAACCAAGUGAAGAACUUUUGGAACACUCAUUUAAGCAAGAAGCUUGGUGUUAAGAAGAAGAAAAAGAGUAAAGUGGGUGUUCCUCCAAAAUCUAUCCCUAUAGUUGAACCAAAGGGUACGGAUCAAUAUUCAUCAGAAUUCGUUGGUGAAGGUGAAAAGCUUGUCCAUGAAACUGAAAGCUUGUGUGGUGAUCUAAUCGACUUCGCGAGCAUCAUGCAUGAGGGGAUUAUGAAUGAGAGUGCCUUUUCUUUUGUUAAUAGUAAUGUGUUUGAUCUAUGCACUCCUUAUUUCACCGAGGAGUGGUUUUUAGGCCUUUGAUUUGAUUAUGGGUUCCCUGUUCAGCAAAGCAUCUUGACGACGAUUAAUUUCUGCUCCUUCUAUUAUUUCUAAGCGAAAUUAAUUGCAGCGUACGUACAUGUCAACAACACGCUUUACAAGACAUUAUACGUGGAGUACACUGUCGCGUCGCUUAGACUGAAUAAUUUCUAGAGUUUGACCCAAGGGGUACAUCAAAUUAAAAAGUACCCGUUAUAAAAGUGAA